UCCACUCCAAACCGCGGCAGUUCCCCAAUCCCUCGACACGGCCCCCAAAUCCCUCGACAGAAAACCCAAUCCAGUCAGGCGACCAAACGCGGGCUCGAUCCCCUCGCCAUGAGCCUGCCGCCUCCGCCGCAGCGCGGCCGCCAAUCGCCGCCGGUGCUGGUCGACGACGCCCUGGGCGAGAUCUUCCUGCGCAUCCCGCCGGACGACCCCAAGAGCCUCGUCCGCGCCGCCGCCGUCUGCACGACCUGGCGCGGCAUCCUCUCCGACGCCGCCUUCGACCGCUGCUACAGGGAGUUCCACGGCGCGCCGCCCGUGCUAGGCUUCCUCCACAACAAGCGCCACGAGAGGACGUACGGGAAAGGGAGAAACAAGCGCCGCGAAGCGUACCUGGUCUCCAACUUCGUCUCCACCGCCUCCUUCCGCCCGCCUGCGUGCCACGAGCGCCGGCACUGGCACGCUCUCGACUCCCGCCACGGCCUCGCCCUCUUCCACACUCCUAAGAGGGACGAGGACUUCGUCGUCUGCGACCUCGUCACCUACGACCGCUGGAGAAUUAACGCCAUCAGCGAGUUCCGGACCGUCAUCUCGAAUGCGAAUGACGAGGACAUAACCUGGAAUGCCGCUGUGAUCUGCGCCAAGGAACAGUGCAACCACAUCUACUGCCAUGGCGGCCCUUUCUUCGUGGCUCUCGUGGGCUCCGACGAGGAGAAGACCUUUGCCUCCUUCUACUCAUCGGUGACUCGGAAGUGGAGUGGCAUGAUCUCUAUCGACGAACCGCAUGCCAUUUUGAUGACGGGGCACAGUGCUGUUGUGGGAAACAAGGUCUAUUUCCACUGUGAGGAGACCGAGAGUGUCGUGGAGUACGACAUGGGUGAGCAAGAGCUGUGUGUGAUCGAUACGCCAUUUGAGAGCGAGCUGGUUGAUCUCGUGGGGGUUGAGGAUGGCAUGCUGCUGUUCACGACCCUGAAGAACUCUAGGCUCUACCUGUUGUCAAUGGUGGCUGGUCCUGACGGAACUAAGGAAUGGGCGCGAUGCAGGGUCGUUAACCUUGAGCCAUUGCUCCCUUCUCAUGCCCUAUUGGACGUGUCGGUGGUUGGUUUUGCGCAAGGUCUUGGUCUCAUCUUCCUGAACACAGAGGCUGGGUUGUUCACAGUUGAGCUUGCUUCAGGCCGAAGAAAGAAGGUAGAUGGAGAUACAUCUUUCACAAAAGUCAUGCCCUACAUGAGCUUCUUCACUAAAGAGUGGGGGCGGCAGCCGACCUCUGAGUAAGCUUCCAUGCAGUUGUUGGUGCGACAAGGAUGUAGGCCCUGUUUGGUUGGGUUUAAAACUGUUUUUUGACUUUUGGCUUAUAAGUCACAAAAGCACCUAAAUAGUUGCUUUUGACUUUGGCUUUUUGCUUAUACCAUCAUCUAACAGUAUCAAGUCAAAUGUCAAAAACCAAAGCCGAAAGCAUCUAAUUUGGUGCUUUCGUGGCUUAUAAGCCAAAAGUCAGAAAACAGUUUUAACCCAAACCAAACAAGCCCGUAGGGCCGUAGUCAGAUGGCGUCAGACGUACAGACGAAUUGUUUCACUUCUGCUGCCUGAACAAUUUGAAGUGAACCUUGGUGUUGGACAGUUUGGUUAGUAGAGUGGAUGGCCUUUGUAUUUGUGCCUUGUCUUUGGACUUGAGCUCGUUCGUUUGAAUAGUUAUGUCUUUAACCCC